CCAGCCAGUCCGCGGCUAGGCAUGGUCGCGCGCGCGCGCGUUUUUACUAAUAGAUCGCAAUAUUAAAAACAUGAACGUCGUGUCGCUGACUGUGUGGACUCUAGAAAACAAUUGUUUUAUCGUGUACACGUCCCUUGUAGUAUUUUUUACAGUGUUCACGAUAUACCACCAGAAAAGGUUGGAGCGGAGAUUCAGUAGGAGUACGGAGAGGAGGGAAAAAAUACCGCGAAAUUUCAGUGGCGGGAGAGAACGAGAUUUCCCAGAAGAUGACGACGACCCAGACCAACUCAUCCCCGCCCUUCCAGAAAACACUCCUCACGUCCCCUACAAGCCGGCGAAGAGGUCCGACGAGGAGGUCCUCAAGAGGUCCAGGGAGUACUACGAGCUGAUGGCGGAAAGGAGAACCGUAAGGGCAUUCAGCCCUGAACCAAUACCAGAUGGUGUGUUGGAGAAUAUUAUUAAGACUGCAGGCACAUCCCCAUCGGGAGCCCACACAGAGCCGUGGACCUUCGUCGUGGUCCAAGACCCUGACAUGAAAGAAGCCAUCAGAACCAUAGUGGAAGAGGAAGAGGACCUGAACUACUCCAAGAGGAUGUCCAGGCAGUGGGUGACGGACUUGAAGCCCUUCGCUACGAAGCCAAUAAAGCCGUAUCUGUCUGAUGCACCAGCGCUGGUCUUGGUCUUCAGACAGACGAACAGUUGGAGACCAGAUGGGAAGAAGAAGAUGCAUUACUACAGUGAGAUCAGCGUGGCUAUCGCAGCUGGGAUAUUGCUAGCUGCUAUACAGUACUGCGGUCUAGUGGCCCUCACAUCCACUCCUCUGAACUGCAGCCCUCGCCUUCGAGACCUCCUCUCCAGGCCACCCAACGAGCGGCUGGAACUCCUGCUGCCUGUGGGGCGCCCGAAAGAUAGCGCCACUGUGCCCGACCUGAGCAGAAAGCCGCUGGAUGAGAUCCUGGUCAAGAUAUGACAGAAGAAAUAGAAGAAUUUGCAUACAAUUUUUUGUGAAGGUUUAUGAGAAAAUACAGUCCAUAACUAAAGCGGGUUUUCCACCGCGAGCGAUUAGUUAAUGACUCCGUUUACCUCUCAAUACAAAAAUGCAUGCAUCUGUCCACCAACAAAGAGUCGAGCGAAAAUGACAAUGAGGGCAAAGAGAGUAAAAAAUGAGCUCGCUCAUAAAAUCAAUACUUCUGAACCCUUUCUCGUUGGAAAAUCAAUUUUAUUUUAUGUACUAGGAAGACCGCUCCGCUAGACGUCCCUAGUUCAUUCCUCUUUGGCGGUGGAAAAUGGGCCUAAAUAUCAGCGAAUCCAAACAUAAUAAUUAUCUCUCUCUCAUAGCAAAAUGCUGAGUAAUCAUCGACAGAUAUUUGAAAUUAUAGGCCUACGAUGCAUCAUCAAGCAUCAUAAAGGUAGCAGGAAGGCGCCGGAUGCAGGCCACCACCAACCGGCCAUUGUUGAAAUCAUUGGAGGAGGCCUAUGUUCAGCAGUAGACGUCCUAUGGCUGAAAUGAUGAUGAUGGGGCUUAGGAUGCGUGGCAGUUCAACUUUUAUCGAGGCAUUUUAUCGAUUUUGCACGAUGAGACCAUACAUUUUGUCGUCUAAAAUCGUCGAUAAGAUUUUAUCAUGGCGCGCAUUCUCAUCCUCAUCAUGAUAAUUUAAGUAAUUUUACUGCUUAGAAAAUGAAUGAUUUGUAAUAAAGUCUAGAAGUUCAAAUACACAAUAGGCUAUGAAUUUCAUAGAAAUCAUAUGAAAUCAUACCACCCGCUGAAUUAUGUUUAUCUCUUAUCAAAAGAGAAAACAGUUAUAACUAGAAUAACUAGAAAAUAUUGGGAUUUUUAGGGUUCUUUAUGUCAUUACAUUUAGGGAAUUAUUCCCUAAUAAUGUGGUGUUUAUAAGUGAAUUUGAUAACUUAGGAAACUGACCUAAAGUCAUACUUAUUGUAAGCUAUAUUUUUUAUAUAUUUUUAUAUUCUGUUUACUAUGAUACUUAGUCACUACUAUUGUCCUAGCCUUAAAGACUUGAAAGCUCAACUAUUUUUAAGGUAUUUGCUUUAAUAUAGAACUUCUAAUUUUCGUUUCAAUAAGCUGAAUUUGUGAUACUCAUUGAAUUGUGCAAUUAGUAAAUACCUAAUUAUUUUGUAAGUAUUUUUAAAUAGUAAAUAAAAUAUCUGAAAUAAA